UCUAUUUAGCGUCCACGAGUGGCCUGACUGUCUCCCUGAACCUCCUCGCCCUCUCCUCGUCUAUCCGCGCUUGUGUGGUGAAUAAUUCAUGGAAGCACAAUUCCGCGGAGUCAUUUGCAUGUGUCAGGAAAACACACCUUUCUUAUAAAAGGCCCCAAAAGAGCUCCGGCGUGAGAUGCCAGUAGAAAAAACAGUGUUGUGUGAGCAGUAAAAGAAAUCUGUUUCUCAUAUUUUUUACAGGUGAAAGUUAACUUUUGCUGGACACGCGGAAGGUGCACACUUUUUCGAGAGAGUGUGAGAGAGAGCAUUUGAAAAGGGCACCACGUGAAUCAGAGUCAGAAAAAUUCCCAGAGCAGUGCGCGCAAAAAUGUCACAGACCGAUAACGAUAAGCCACCGAUGGAUUACCUGCAGCAAUAUCAGAAUCUUCUGCUGGGGAAUCGGCUGCCCAAUUUGCGAAAGAAGUGGGAUCCACUGAUACCAUGUCGCAAGGAUCGAUAUCUCACGCCGGAGCAGCUCAAGCAGCUCGUCGCGCGGAGUCCCAGAAUCCUCAAGGUUCUCGAUGAGAUGAGUGAAAAUGACAAAAAGAAGAGAAAACAACUCACUGUGGCAGUGCAACAGAUGCUGGAUGAAAUUGGACUGGCCAGGAGUCUUCCAGUCAUCCGAUGGCUGGGAAUUUGCAUCCAAUCGACCAUCAAGAAGAUCUGCACGGGCGUUUACGUGAACGAGAGCAGUAUUGAGAAUGUGAAGAGGAAAGUGGGAAGUCACCCUGUUCUGUAUCUGCCCAGCCAUCGAAGCUAUGCAGAUUUUAUCCUCAUGUCUUACCUCUGCUUCACCUAUGAUCUCGAGAUUCCGGGAAUUGCUGCAGGAAUGGACUUCCACGGAAUGGUUGGCAUGGGAAAUAUGCUGAGGAAGACCGGAGCCUUCUUCAUGCGUCGCACAUUCGCCACGGACAAGCUCUACUGGUACGUGUUCAAGGAGUACAUGCACGCCCUCGUGACGGCCUAUCACACGGGCAUUGAGUUCUUCAUCGAGGGCACGAGGAGUCGCAGUUGCAAGGCUCUGCCGCCAAAGAUUGGCCUUCUGUCCAUGGCACUGGAGCCGCUCUUCAUGGGCGAAGUGCCAGACAUCACCAUCGUCCCGGUCAGCAUCUCCUACGAGCGUCCGCUGGAGGAGCAGCUCUUUGUCUACGAACUGCUGGGCGUGCCCAAGCCCAAGGAGUCCACAAUGGGACUGAUAAAGUCCGUGCUGACCAUUGAGGAUCGCUAUGGAUCCAUGUUCUUUGACUUUGGCACGCCAAUUUCCGUGAAGGAAUACUUUGGCGACAGCCUCAAUCGCUUCCAACAUGCCCUGGAACCGGCUCACGUGCAGAAUCUGACCAGAAAUGAACUGGCGCUGAUCUAUGAUCUCGCCCAUGAUGUUGUGAAUUGCCAACAACGACGAAUUGUCAUCAAUUGCUUCAAUCUCAUCGCCAUUUACUACAGCUACAGAAUGUAUUUGGGCGAGGGAACGACAUUCGAUCAGCUCUGCGAGGGUGUUUUAAUCCUCGCAGGGUUGUUGAGGCGUCAGGAAGCCGUGGUGGCGGUGGAUGCGUCAAAAAUCAGAGAUGUGGUGAAGGAAUCAUUGAGGAUUCACUGCAAUAUCCUAAAGAUUGACAAAGAUGAUCGAGUGAUUCUGGAGAAGCCACGAAUCUCUCUCAGAGAUGUCAAUAGGCUCAAGUUCAAGGCUCACGCGCUCACUGAAGACACCAUGAAGAACACACUUCCGAUUAUCUACCUGCAAAUCUACAUCAAUCCCUGCCUCUUCUGGUGCUCCUCCGUGGCUAUCACCAUUCUCUGCGCCCAACACCUCACUGACAAGGGUAGAAAGAGAACUUCCAUGGCCAAAUUGCUGCAAAGCGUGGAGAAAUUGAGGCUCAUCUUUGCCAAUGAGUUUGUCUUCUACACAGUCAACGAUGAGAGAGACUUUGCCAAAGACGUUCAAUUGCUCAAGAACUACAAUGUCUUCAGCGAUGAGGAUGCUCAAGGAGAAAUCAGUUACCAACCAUCGACCGUCGAUGGAUACUAUCUAACGCCAGUGGCACCGUUUAUCUGCUGUUACCUUCAAGUCACCCAAGUGAUUGACACCAAAUUUCCAAGCAGUGGCUUCAGCGAGAAAGAACUCUUCGCCACCACGCAAGAACACAUUGAAGAGGCUCUGAUGAGUCACAAACCAUUCACCCAUCCCUAUUGCUUGUCCCUGGACAGUCUCAGCAUCGCCCUGAAUUCCCUCAACAGCCUAGGAUGUGUCACAAAAGCUAAAAACUCUGAUCUCACAGUUUACACCGCAAAUACCGACAGUAUUAGGGAGAUCCGGCGUCUUCUGUUCGAUUAUUGUCAAUUGUUGCCAUUCAAUUACCUUAUGGACUACAUGGUUUCAUCAAAAUUGUAAGAAUUUUCUUCGCUUUCUAUAUAAAUUAUUUGUAGUGCUUUUUUGCCGUGUCCUUUGUGUGGAAAAAAAUAAAGAGACUUGUAGCGAAAUAAUAA